UAAACCUACAAAAACCAUAUAAUAAGCAGAGGAACACAGGCCGCCUCUUCUAUUCCCCACCGUCGAUGCGCCGUUCAUCGGUCAGAUUUUCGGCUCAUCACCGACACCUUCAAGGCCGGCGAUUGCACUCUUUUUCCUCUGUUAAAUGUUCUCUUCUCUCUUACCUUAUAAUUACAUGUCUUCCCUCAUUGACGUUUCUUCAUACACCUGUGCUUUCGUUCCCACUCAAAUCCUACUGAAUUCUAGAUUCUUUCCAAUAGGGUUCUUCUAUACGUCUUUGAUAGUACUCGUAUUCAUAAGCAAAACACUUUGAAUUUGACACCGGAACCACAUCAUGGCUGAUCAACCACAGGUACUAUUAUUCGGAUCAUUCUCUGAAGAUGAAGUGAAAUCAUGGCUUAAUAAGCCCUCAAAAAAUACUGAAAAGCCCACAAAAAACAAAACCCUAGAUCUUGAUUCAUUAAAGAUAUCAAGUGGAAUAUCUUUUGGUAGUUUCAAUGGUGAAGCAAUCAGUAAUCAAAAGCCAGAAGCUUUAGUACACCCAAAAGAAAAUGGAGUGCAACAUGGUAACAAUGGCAACAUGAAGCAAAAACCCGUUGAAAAUAUUAAUCAUUGUUCUUCAAACACGCCUUCCAAAAACGCCCCUGCUUCUGUAGUACAAAAUCAAAUCCAAAGCUUUGUGGGUGUGAAAGAAGAAACAUUGAAUAACACUUUUAAUGGCCACUUAAAGGAUUCAGAGAUAUGUUUAUUACCUCGUGGAUUAAUAAACUCAGGGAACAUGUGCUUUCUCAAUGCUACACUACAAGCUCUUUUGUCUUGUUCUCCAGUUAUUCAGCUUUUUCAGGGGAUAAGCACCCGAAAUAUUCACAAGACUGGGUAUCCAACAUUAGCUGCUUUUAUGGAAUUUAUUUCUGAAUUCAAGAUGCCAGCUGGCACAAUCUCAAAGGAUAUGAACAAUAUGCAAACUGGAAGACCUUUCAGCCCUACAAUGUUUGAAGUUGUCUUAAAGAAUUUUACUCCUGAUGUUCCUAAUAGCAUCUCAGGAAGGCCUAGGCAAGAAGAUGCACAGGAGUUUCUAAGUUUCAUUAUGCAUCAAAUGCAUGAUGAAUUACUAAAACUUGAAGGACAAUAUUCAUCAACUGCAAAUGGAAAUGGAUCUUCACUUCUUUCAUCUGUAGAAGAUGAUGAUUGGGAAACUGUGGGCCCUAAGAACAAAUCUGCAGUCACAAGAACACAAAACUUUGCUCCUUCAGAACUUAGUGCAAUUUUUGGAGGACAAUUGAGAAGUGUUGUUAAAGCAAGAGGGAAUAAAGCAUCUGCCACUGUUCAACCGUUUCUUUUACUCCAUCUUGAUAUCUCUCAUGAAGGUGUUGCCACCAUUGAAGAUGCUCUUCGUUUAUAUUCUAUCCCUGAAACACUUGAUGAAUAUAGAACAACAUCUGGAAAGUCAGGGGUUGUUACAGCUAGAAAGUCUGUAAACUUACAGACACUUCCAAAGAUAAUGAUAUUGCAUUUGAAGAGAUUUGGUUAUGGAACAAAUGGAAGCACAAAACUACACAAAUCUGUUCGUUUUCCACUUGAAUUGGUAUUGAGUCGUGAUUUGCUUGUUUCCCCAACAACAGAGGGUCGCAAGUACACACUGAUUUCCUCAGUGACCCACCAUGGAAGGGAAGCAUCCAAGGGCCAUUACACAGCGGAUGCUUUUUACCCAAAAGAUCAAUGGUUCCGAUUUGAUGAUGCUUCUGUCACUGCAAUCCCUACAAACAAGGUCUUACAUGACCAAGCCUAUAUCCUUUUCUACAAAAGAGUAUAAUGAGAGGGGUAUAAACGUCAUUUCUAAUCAUAGUGCCACUCGGUUGCAACAAGGUAACACGUUUGAUAUUAAUCAUGGCCCUAAACUUAUAGGGUCGCCGGAGUGGCCGGAAAUUGUUGCCGGAAAGUGAUGUCAUCACCGGAAGGUUAUUGAGAAUUAUAUAAUGAUUUGAGUUUGGUUGAUUGGUGAGCCAAAUAUGGUUUUGCGGGUGAGGUUUAGUGUUUAUUUUGUAUGUAGAGUAUUUAUGUAUAUUCUUUUCUUCUAUGUCUCGAGAGGUUUGAAUUAUCGGAAG